CUUCACCGAAUUUUACACAUCGACAAAUAAGCUCCGACUAAAAAAAGCGACAAGUGCAGAGACAUGUCAAUCGGAACAGCAGUUGGACUCCCGUGCCAACACCACCGGGUUGUUGAUGAAGGGAAUUUGAAUUUGAAUAAAUCAGCCGUAUCGAGCGAACGUUGGUGCAUGUGUGUUCAAGUUCCAUUAUCGGAAAGAAAUAGCUCAGCUUGAAUUGGCAGAUUAUCAGCGAAAGACAAAUUUGUUAUCUAAUUGUAUUUAUGGUGAAUUAUUUAGAUAGCGAGUUCAAUUAUAGCUAGAGUUGUGCGAAGUACCCGAAUGGGCCAUAAAUCUCUCGUUGAAACAGCGAAAAAGUUAAGUUUUGUAAUUGAGAAAAAUAGAAAAUUUAAUAUGCGCUGACUGCUAUGCUAGCGAAAAGAAAAUCAUCAUGUGGACAGAUGUAGUGUUGUGGUGUAACUUAUGGGUCAUAGCAUUAGUUGUGGCAAAUGCGAACGUUACAGAACAGGAUACGUUGACCUGGCAGCUUUGUGGUGACACUAUUUGCAGUAUACCUCAGGAUUGCAAAAAUGGCAUAUGUGAAUGUGAACCGGGCUUCGAGUUAAAGGAAGAUGGUAUGUGUCACAUUUGCCCAAUUGAGAGCCAAUUGUGCACUGAAUGUUGUUUCGGGGAGACAAUAUGCUAUGCAGGUCGUUGCCAGCGAUGCUAUGAAAUUCAAAAUGGAGAAUGUAUCGCGCAAACUUCUCUGUUCUUCCUGACUGCUGCUCAAGUUGCGCUAGCCACUGCAAUGGUGAUUGGGGUUGCUGCACUUGCUACACUUUUGUAUAGAACGUUACGAGCACGGUCAAGAAACAAUUUACAGCCAGUUCGGGAAAACACUCUCAGCCGGGUUGGUUCGACCCGCCUAUCGCUGACGUCUAUACAAAUACGGGUGCUUCGGCGGUUGCGCGAUCGUCCACCAAAAUACGAAACUCGACAUAACUAUGAAUUUCAUCAACGCGAACACGACGAAGCGAGUGUUGAACCACGAACCAAUACAACACCCAUCAGCCAGCAAACACGAGCUGAUCCAAUCCUUGGAGCUCCACCUCCAUCGUAUGACGGCGAUGUGACAUCUUUAGUAGAUUUCCCUCCCCCGUACUCAGCCGAACCGCUGCAUUCCAAUGCACGGAUAUCAAUUAUAUUUGAGCAACAGAACAACAGUAGUUCAAACACGACUGAAGACCCUAUUCAUAAUUGCGGUAUUGCGAAUAGAGCGUUCGAGAGCACGGAAGGCGUCGUCGAAGGGAGUUCUGAUAUUAAUACCUACGGUAAUACUAAGGAAAAGACAAUACACAUAUGAGACUGCACGCUAGACUUGAAAUCAAUUUCUGAACGUUCCGAGCACCUUCCAAACUGUGGUGAUACGAUUAAAUA